AUCGCAUCUCGUCCGACUCGGCAUCUCCAACAUCCGCGCGCACUUGCAUCGUUCGACGAGGACGGGGGGCCCAAUUCCCUGCACCGAAAAUCGCCCGUUGGACUCAUCAGGCCACGUCUUCUCAUCGCCAAAAGGGGGACUGCUGAAUCCAAUAAAUCUUGUUGCGAGUAGCACCCGACUUCAUACAGCAGCUCGUCCCUCAAUCAAAGCGACGAACAACCCAGAAACCCGCCCGCCAUGGCCACCUUUACCGAAAUCGUCGAGGCAAUCAUGACGCCGUCCAUCCCCCUCGUCAUCAUCGGCAUCAUCAUCAUCCUCGGCGGCCCCCUCAUCUUCCACCUCGUCCUCGCCUCCUCCUCGUCAUACACCGUCCCGCCCAGCGUCCUCCUCCUGGGCCCCGACAACUCCGGCAAGACGUCUCUCAUGACCCUCUUCGAGCGCGGCGCAAACCCUUCCAAGACGCACACCUCGCAGAUCGCGCACUCGGUCGAGCUCAACGCCUCCACCGACUCUGCUACCAAGGCCUCGUUCCGCAACUUCGACGAUGCUACAGGCACGCACACAAAGUUUCUCCUGGUCGAUACCCCCGGCCACGGAAAGCUUCGCAACGUCGCGAUGGGCAAGCUGGCUCGCACGGAAAAGGUAAAGGCCGUUGUUUUCAUGGUUGACGCAGCCGCUCUUGGGGAGCAAGAGACCAUUGCGCCUACGGCUGCCUAUCUCUACGACGUGCUACUGUUUCUGCAAAAGAGGGCUUCUUCCAAGGGCAAGGACAAGGCUUCUAUCCCGGUGCUCAUUGCGGCUAACAAGAUGGACUUGUUCACUGCCUUGCCUGCCACCAUGGUCAAGAGCCACCUGGAGAUGGAGCUGUCCCGAAUCCGCGCCUCCAAAAGCAAGGGCCUGCUCGACUCGGGUGUUGGAAUCGACGAUGUUGGCUCAGAGGAGCAGGAUGGCUGGCUGGGAGAGUACGGAUCCGAGAAAUUCACUUUCCAGCAGAUGAACGAGUUUGAUAUCGACAUUGACGUGCUGGCUGGUAGCGUCUCGACUGAAGAGCCUGGCGCUGAUAAAUGGUGGUGGUGGAUCGCUCAGAGGGUAGUUGGAUGAAAUGGCACGUGAAAUGAUGGGAAUAUAGACUUGAUUGGGUCACGUAUACUUAUGAUAUUCGGCUAUAUACGUGUUUUAAUGAUGGAGGAAGGGCAGAGAAUUCAGCUAAAAAAUAAUGAUAAUUACGCAGUUCCAUUCACACUUUUGUAUAAAUCAUGUAUAUAACGACGUUUAAUGAAUUUCCAUUCAUGGACACAUGAAGAUGCCCUAGAUGUUGAGUCUAUCAGGCCCACGCAAAGUAGUUGAUCUAUCCCUAUCCCUCGCAGUCCGCAAACAACACGCUGCUGUUUUCAAAACCUCGUAAUCCAAAAUUAUAAUCAACGCCAAAUAUGAAACAGAAGAGGAAAAAUAACAGUCAAGAUCGCAUAUUAUAUAUAAAGGAUGCAAUUAUUUCUUCUGGCUGACCAUCCAGGUGAGCAGGUCAACCUUGGUAACGACAGCAAUGGGCUUGGACAGAGACUGAGAAUCGCCCUUGCCGUCGGUCACAACAGCAGCGCUGUUCCACUCAAAGAACUUGCUGAGAGUGGACAGGGGAGUCUCCAUGGUGAUCUCGACAAACUUGCGCUUGCUGCCGGCCUUGGUUCCGCUGGUCAACUUGCGCGGGUCGGUGACAAUCUCAUCCAGUCUGCCAAAGUCGAACAUGACGUCCUUGACUUGGGUCUCGGCCGUUGCGCGACCGCGAGAGAUGUAGCUGAGGAGGUUGCCAAGAGUGACAAGGCCGACCAGCUUGCUGGUGGCGGAAAGGACGGGCAGCUGAUCGAAGCCCUUGUCGCGCAUGGUCUCAAUGGCCUCUGAGCAUGAGGCAGUGGCCUCGACUGAAGUCACCGGCUUUAGGCGGAGAGAAGCAAUGGUGGCGCCCUGGUAAGGGUCGGAAGUCGUGUUGCUGCCCUGGGGCGCGGAUUCGAUUCCGUUGACGGACAGCAGUCCGUUGGCAGACAGCCAGUCAUCGUCGGCAAACUUGGAGAGGUAGCUGCGGAUGCUGUCGGGGAGAACAACCACGACGGUGUCGCCCUUCUUGAAGCCGUACUCCUUGACGGCCAGCAGCAUGGCGGCCAUGGCAGAGCCGGAGCUACCGCCGACAAGCAGACCCUCCUCGGCAAUCAGGCGUCGUGCGAGGUAAAAGGACUUUUGGUCGUCGGUCUUGUACCACUUGUCGACAAUCUCGCGGUCCAGGACGUCGGGGAUGAAGUCGUAGCCAAUGCCCUCCACCUUGUAUCCCUCGUUCAUGUGCUCCUCGUUAAGGGACUCGGGCAGAGCCAGGAUACUGCCGUGGGGAUCGGCGGCGAUAAUCUUGAUGUCCUUGUUGUGCUUCUUCAGGCCCUUGGCGAUACCGGUGAUGGUGCCACCGGUUCCAGCACCCGCAAUGACGGCGGUCACCUUGCCGCCAGUCUGCUCCCAGAUCUCCUCGGCAGUGCCAAACUCGUGAGCAUCGGGGUUGGCUGGGUUGCUGUACUGGUCGAGAAUGUGGGCGUUCGGGAUCUCCUUCUCGAGACGGCGGGCAACACCAAUGUGCGACUCGGGGGCGUCCCAGGCAGCCUGGGUGGGUGUACGGAUGAUGGUGGCGCCGAGGGCACGCAGCACAGAGACCUUUUCGGCGGACAUUUUCUCGGGCAGGGUGAUGAUGGUCUUGUAGCCCUUGAUGGCGCCGACCAGAGCGAGACCAAUGCCA